CUCUCUUCAUCUCUCUUCAUCUCUCUCGCAAAGAACGCUUUAGAAUACUCUGCUUUUGCCGGCGAAAACGAAACCAUGGGUGGUUGUUGCGUCUCUACGCCUCUCGUGAACAACGAUCAACCUCCUCCGCAACAGCAGCCGCAGACUCAGGACGUCGAACGCAAGAAAGACGAAGUGAAGAACGACGACGGAUUCGUCAACUGGCCAUUCACAGAGUUCUUCCUCUCCGAUCUCACGACGGCGACCAAUAACUUCAGUGCCGACGAGAUCAUAUCAGAGAACCCAGAAGAAUCCUCCAAUGUCGUCUACAGGGGUCUUUUAUCAGAGAAUCUUGGCUUCGUCGCUAUCAAGAGAUUCAAGAACACGCCAUGGGAUGAUCCUGACUACUUCGCGGUAGACACAGAAACAGCUGCGCAGCGAAAUCACAAGAGACUCGUCAAGUUGUUAGGAUAUUGCUACGAUGAAGAUGUAGGAGUAGGGCUUCUUGUUUCAGAGUUCAUGCCUAAUGAUACGCUCGCUAACCGUUUGUUCCAUCAGAAAAACAUGGAUUGGUCAAUGAGAAUGCGAGUGGCGUACAAUAUAGCCGAAGCAUUGGAUUACUGCAGAAUUGCACGUGCUUUCUCGUACGAUAAUCUGAGUGCUAACUCUAUUCUGUUUGAUAAGGAUGGUGAGGCCUGUCUCUCCAGUUUCGGUUUAGUUACGGCGAUCAUCCGUUAUAAUCGAAGAGAAGGAGGAAAUGUCAACACUGGGAAUGUGACAUACAGAUUUGGUACUAUCCUUGUGAAUCUGCUUACUGGAAUGCAAAUUGCUCCAAGCCAUGCUCCUGAGAUGAUCAAUGGAAAGGAUGUUGCUGAACUGAUUGAUCCAAAUCUGAAGGGAAAGUAUUCUAAAGAAGAAGCUACCGUAGUCUUAAAACUCGCCUCUGAAUGUUUGCAAUGCAAUGAUUAUAAGGAGAGGUUCAUCACAAAAGAGGUUGCUGCAACACUUGAAGCCUUACACGCUAAGAAAGAAGUUCCACCCUCUGAAAUGCAGCAGGACGAAGCUUCAUCUUCCGGUCAACAGCAACAACUUGCUCCCUGAUUCUGCUGAUAGCUUCAACAAAGCAACUCUUCUCGAAGCAACAUGUUAGGGAAGAAGAAUCUUGAUUUUCAGAACUUUUCUAGGAUAAUAAGUGAACUGUGUUCUUUGAAAUACUUUGUGUUUGAUUUUAGA